AUGAUGCGCCGCGCCCUCACAACAACCGUAAGGCGGCACCUCGCCGCACCAGCCAUGCCGCCGCGCCCCGCAGCGACAACCACGCCGGAGGAGCUCGUCGCCGAGCUGGCCGCGCGGCCCUCGACGUCGCUGAGCCUACACGACAUGGCGAAUGCAUGUGAUCGGGGCGACGCGUUAUCAGCAGCACAAUACACGCAUUCCGAGCUACCCGUCCGUCUCGCGAAGCAAGCCUUUGAAAUACGACGCGCUCUCGGCUCGCACGACGACGACCAGGCUAGUGGCAUCGCCGGCUACUACGAAGCGACAUUAGUAGAAUUACUCACGGAACCAGCACCGACGGACCGGGCCUCCGAGCAACGCUUCGCGGCGACCAUCACACGUUUAUUGAAUGAGACGCGGAAUCAUAUUCCACUCGCACUGGCCCAGGCCGUCCGGGCCAAAAGAGCUGCGGCUUUCGCGGCCGUCGUUUCGAGGGGUGGCGGCGGCGGCGUCGCUACUUUGGAUACCAAAAUCAACGGCGUCGAGACGAAGGAGCCUUCAUAUGCCCCUUCCAAAGCGGAGACCGCUGCUCGGCUGCAAUUGGAUCGGGACCUGGAGCGCUUCUUCACGGCGCGCGUUGGGAUCAGAUUGCUCACGGAGCACUAUCUUGCGGUGAGAGGCGACAUCGCUCCCUUAAUUGAUACAUCAUGCAAUCCUGGCGAAGUCGUUUCGGCCGCGGCUGAUGAUGUUAAGCAAUUGGCCAAGAGGGCCUACGGCACCGAUUUUGAAUUUGACGUCGUUGGUGAUAAGGAUAUCCAAAUUACCUACGUCACGAAGCACAUGCGCUACGCGCUCGGCGAGCUGUUCAAGAACGCGGCUAGAGCCGUCGCCGAGAGGAAGGCAGACCCGAGGAUCAAAGUGGUCAUCGCCGACGGGAGCGAGGACCUCGCGUUUAAGGUGUGUGAUGAGGGCGGUGGGUUUUCAAGGCCGAUGCGGCACAACGCGUGGUCCUGGUUCUGGAGUAGCGGCCCGCCUCUUGGCAGAUCCGCGGGGAGCGGCGCCGGGGGAGGUCUAGGGUUGCCGAUGACGCGGUGCUUGGCGAGGUAUUUCGGUGGUGAACUCUCACUUAGACCGCUCGAGGGCCACGGCACGGACGCCUACCUGCACCUGGCGAAAUUGGGCGUCGGCGCGUGCGAGGCGCUCCCGCGCGCCGUGCGCGAGUCGCCGGGCGGGCUCGUGUCGUCGCUGUAUUUUGAUGAGGAGAGGGACGUGGCCCACGACCGGAGGAUAAAGUAACAACUGUUUGG